GCAGGCAUUUGACGUCUUUAUGAGCUAGCUAGUAACUAGGUUAUUUUGAAGCUGUUGCAAAUUUUGCAAGAAAUAGCUAGCUAGAACAACAAACGAUUUUGCGGAUAUAGUUUCCGUGGAUUCCGUGCAUUUGCGUGGCAGAAAAAAGAUGCUAUAAGGUGUUUUCCUGUCGAUUUCUUCUUGCAUAGAAACAUCGUUUAAGGUUAUGUCUGAUCUAAAAACUGUUGAAGAAAUCAAAGAAGCAUUAAAAGCAAAAGCUGCAAAGAAAGGGUUGGAAUUUUAUCCUUUUUGUAUUGGAUGGUAUAACGAACAAGUUAAAAAUAUAUUUCAUUUGCCAUACUCUGAAAGCACUGUUGCAUUUUGCAUUAUCAGUUUGCCAUCUUUCUUUGAGAAGGGAUUUUUGCCAUACUUAAACCAUAUUGACUGUAAUGAUGUAAAAGACCCUUUAGAUCAAUGCUUGUCGUCCACCUUGAACUGUUUGAAAGAUUCUUUGCAACAUGAUAUUGAUAUAAUUCAUGACUAUGAUUUGCACCCAACAAGAAGGCCAAAAGUUUUGGUGCAAACAGCUGGCCAUGUAGCAGGUGCUGCAUAUUAUUAUCAAAAAACUGAUGUGUUAAAUCAACCAUGGGGCGAAAAAAAGAUAUAUGGCGUUAGUAUUCACCCAGAAUAUGGUGGCUGGUUUGCAUUUCGUGGUAUUAUAAUUUUUAAAGAUGUUCUUUGUUCAAAUAUUCCAAAAGUAUAUCCUAGAGAUUUUUUAAGUAAUAAGGAAAAGAUUCAAGUAUUGGAUGGUUAUAAUUUUCAUUGGAAGGAGUGGACAUUUCGCGAUGUAUCAUCUCCUUCAGAAAGAUAUUCUGCAGUUCAAAUAAGAUAUUUUCAAACCAAACCUGCUGAUCGAAUGAAGUUGAUUAAGACUAUGAUAAAUAGCAAAUUAUUUUAGAUUAUAAAAAAAUUAACUAUAAAGCUCUUAUUUACGCAUUUAUUCGAGUAAUUUUGUUAUUCUUUUAUAUUUAUUAACAUGUCAAACGGGAUUUGUAUAUUUCUUAUACGCAGGACAUAUAGUACGAGUUAAUUGUUUAUCAAAUACAAAUGUCUGUAAAUCAACUAUGAAGCUAUUGGAGGAUGUGAUAUUAGCAGUCACAGAGAAUUGACAGUUGAUUUGUUUUUUUAAUGGUAUUAUAAUACGUUGUCUUACUUUAUGAAGAGCUUUUUCCAGUAUUUUAAAAGCUGCUAAGAAAAGAUAUGUUGGUUGGUAUAGUUUUUCUCUAGUUAGUCUCUAGUGGAAGAAUAUUCAAAUGUUCGUAAAAGGUAUUUUCAAUUGAAACCUGUAGAUCGAAUUGAGUAUAAGACCAUGAUAAAUAACAAGUAGUUACAAAAACGGAAAUUAUUUAGCAUAUAAGUAUUUAUUUAUCGUGUCUCAGGCCAGGUUAUGCCUUUCAGUCCU